AUGUCCAGAUCGUCUCUACCUUCUUUUCUGAAGACACUAUACUUGUUCCCACGGAACGACAUUCCUACAAUGAUCAUUCCUGUCACAUGUUUGGGAACAUGUGCCGCCCUGUCGAUUCAGAUAACGCCAACAGAUGCCGAAAUGUGGCGGGAGACGCUCAGUCGAAUCCCCCAGACUUUUCUCUGGGUUUGGAUCAAUGUGCUCCUUUUCUCAAUAUCAAACCAAAGGAGCGAGGAGGCGAUGGUCGAAGAUGCCAUCAAUAAGCCUUGGAGGCCACUGCCAGCCGGACGCAUUAGUCCGUCUCAGGCACGACGUCUUCUCCUCGUAGGAAUUCCAUUAGUCGUGGCUCUUUGCCACAGCUAUCUUGGGGCCGUGCAAGAAACCAUUGUCUGUCUUUUGCUGACAUGGAUGUACAAUGAUCUUGGAGGGGCUGAUGAGCACUUCCUAAUUCGCAAUGGCGUUAAUAGCGCGGCAUAUUUCGCCUACGGCUGUGGAGCAAUGCGCGUCGCUGGGAGUUCUUCACUUGGCUCUGGGCUGAACGACGGGGGCUAUUCGUGGCUCGGUAUAGUAUCUGCUAUUAUACUGUCUACUAUGCAUGUGCAAGACCUUAAGGAUCAAGAGGGUGACCGUGCACGAGGACGGAGUACGGCGCCCUUGGCAAUUGGUGAUAUUCCCGCCCGUUGGACGAUCACUGUCGGAGUUUUGACCUGGUCAAUUCUCACACCAGCAUACUGGCUCGCAACAGUCUCGUCGUCGCUUCCUGGUUAUUACAUACGGGUCAUGACAGCCACUAUUCCCUGUAUUCUGGCAGGUAUCGUGUCUGUACGGGUUUUAUUGUGGCGCGAUCCCCACUCUGAUACAGCCACCUACAAAUACUGGAGCGUCUGGUUGAUGUCGAUCUUCGCUCUGCCAUUAUUAAAACUAACAUACUAG